UUCUUGUCACGUGAUGGAAAGGAAGGAAGGAAGGAAGGAAGGAAGGAAGGAUGGAAGGAAGGAAGGAAGGAAGGAAGAAAAAUAAAUAAAUAAAGGGUGUGAAGAAUAAAGGAAAGAAAAGAGGAAGGAAAAAAGAAGCACUAUAUAAAUGGGAUAACGAACGACGGAAGGAAGAUAGGAAAUAAAGAAAAAUGAAAGAAAAACGAGAGAGAAAUAAAGGAAAACAAAGAAUAAAGAAUCACGGAAGAAUUAAUUAAAAAAAAAGUCUCUCUCUCUCUCUCUCUCUCUCUCUCUCUCUCUCUCUCUCUCUCUCUCUCUCUCUCUCUCCACGCAACGCCUCACACCCUCCCCGUCACGCCCAUGCACAGGAACUUCUACACUUCCUGAACAGACUGAGACUUUGGACAGUUCCCUAACACAACUUUACCUCAUACAAUCCUUAAAAACACCUUCUCUACCCUUUCAAACAAAUAUAAUGGACCUAAAACACAUUAAAACUAUAUAGGGCAACAAAACACGCAAGUCACCCUUUCAAUCGGUGUCAACGAGAAAACGUAAACGGUCAUUGGGGGUCUUGCGUAAUCCCGCGUUGACGACAUAAUCACCCAUCCACAUGCAUAUCGCUUUCUCCUUUCCCUCUCUCGGCUCCAUUGAGGGAUGCGAGGGGUGGCUGUGACAUUCUUAUACGGCAAGCACGGCAGAUCGGACGCUACAGACGGAAAGGAGGACAAAACGGACCGUGUGAGGGAGUGGUGAAAAAAAAUACGGGGGAAAAUUAUAAUACAGCGGCUUAGUACGAGUUUAUUCGACGUUUUUACUCGCUACGGACGGCGGCGUAAGAUAGGAGACAAAAAAGGAGCUACGAACGCAAGAAAAAACAAAAGUGACGAUGUGAGGAAAUGAAAGGCAAAAACCAGACCACGAAAUACAUCUCUACAAUAGCCUAGCAUCGUCGCCCUCUUCAAAAUGUGGCCUCGGAGUGAGAUAUCGUUCAUUUUCGUGAUUUUAACGGUGCUGAAGACAUGUGAGGGGGAGGUUUUGCGCCCAUACCUAUACCCACACCCACACAGACCCCCGCCCACCACCCAGCCCACGAAAUACACCCUGGACCGCCCGCCCCUUGCUAUCCCACCGCUGCCACCAGUUUAUAGUUCCACCCAGGCUUUGUCACAUAGAAAACGGGUGGCGAGGAGAGUAUCGGUGGGGGAGAGGAACGCCCAUACCAACACCUACAACCACGACUACAUCCACACCCUCACCACGCCCAUCAGAAGACCAAGGAAUAGCAGGGGAGUGAGACCACCACUAGGGGAGGGUCCGUGGAGGGUGUCUCGUCCCCUUCUACGCCCCCGCCCCACUCCUCCUCCUCCUCCUUACCAGCACUCCCCACCCCGCCUGGACCUCCCCACGCCGCCCACGCACAGCCGGAACUCUCUCAGGAAGCCCUUGCGUACGUACAUUAGGAAUUAGACACACAUACACACAAAAAUCGCUUUAUAAUUGGCAAAACUUUCAACCUUCCCCCUUCCCUCUCUCCCAGUGUUAUAUCUCAAGGGCUUCCUGGGGGUGACGGAGCGGGGGACACGGGGGAGCGGCAAGGCGUGCGUGGGUGAGGGGGGACGCCGGGGUGUGUGUCUGCUGAAGGAGGAGUGCGUCAUGGAGGGUGGCACUCCCUCUCUCCCCUGUGAGGAGGGCUACUACCACUUUGCUACAUGCUGUGUUGCCAUCGUGCGCGGGUGCGAGGGGCAGGCCGUCAAUAACAUGACCUACUGGAUCCAGCCUGUGCAGUUCAGCGGGGGAACCACAUGCAGGUUACUCGUUCCUAAACUGUCCCAAGAAAUCUGCUUCAUCCGGUUAGAUCUUCGGACGUUCCAGUUGGCAUCCCCCAGUGACGGCCGCUGCGACAGGGAUUAUCUGCAGGUCUCUGGACAGAACAUCAACGCCAAAGUGCCAACGCUGUGUGGCUUUAAUAGCGGCCAGCACCUGUACGUGGGUGUGGGGCGCGUCCCUGGGCCUCUGGAGCUGGCGGUGACCACGCGGGGGGAGGAACCCAGACGGCGCUGGGAGAUUGAAGUGACCCAGGUGGAGUGUGGAGGAGAGCGCGCGCCCCCUGACGGCUGCCUGCAGUACUACACGUCACCGCAGGGCUUCUUCGCCUCCUUCAAUUACCUGCCUACCGGGGCCUCCCAAUACCUGAACAACCUGAACUACGCCGUGUGCCUAGCCCGCGCAACCGCCUUCUGCUCCGUCACCUACAGCGCCGGCAGCAAGACCGCCGACAACACCUUCCAGAUGGUGAACUUCAGCGUCAGGAAUGGCACCCUAAUCCCCACGGUGGCUGCGGGGGAGGCGGGGGUGGGCGUGGUGGCAUGUCGGGGGGACUACGUGGUGAUGGCGGGGACGCGGCUGUGUGGGGGCAGACUCAACGAUGGAUCUCAGGAACCCAGAAUAUCCAACAACGGCCCUGUCAUUGAGUCCACCAACGGGCCCUUCCUGGUGCAAGUGAGGACUGACGCUCAGUACACUGGCCGAGGCUUCAACCUCUCUUAUGCCCAGAACCCUUGUUGAGGGGCGCCAUCACCUCACAGUCUAGGAACGGCAUGUGAGGAACAGAUAAGAAUUCUUGGUCUGCCACUCUGGGACAAACAGCAACAGUUGCGAUUGUAUCCUAAUUGUGGUUUCAGGAUGACAAUUUCUCUUGUCAAGAUUCAAAUGCCAGAGGAUUUAAGUCAAGUCACAGCUUCCAUAACAGCACCACACAAACCCAUAUGAAAGAAGUUCAGUGAGAAGUGACUGAGUUACACUGGUUUGGCAGUUAUAAUCAGGUAGCAGGAUUUACAGCUCCAAACUAAAUGAAAUAUAAAUAUAAGACUGCAGUUGACACUUAUUUUCUUUUGUCAUGUCUGUUAUAUGAGAGUUCAUACAAACAGCUUGUACAAGUUUUUUCCCUGAAACCUUUAAAACUAUAUUUAUUCAUUGUCAUCCGACCGUAAAUCACUCUAGCGCAUCCCUUUAGUGCACUUUCACUUCCCUACAAACCCAUCUCUGCAUUAUUACACUCAGGGAGGAGCAGUGAAGAAGGUACUCCUCUACAUCACCAGUUAUCAAUUUUCAUCACUCUAAAUGAAAUAUAUAUGCUAAUAAAAAAUAAAAAACUAUCAAUGUUCUACCUAUAUAAUGCAGCGCAAGCAUGCCCAGCUAUUAUUACAGAGGUCCAGGCAGUCGGUACACAGCCCACCCAGCUCUUCAUCCUCUCUUUCAGGGUAAUCAAUAAACAGUUACCUGGGGAAAGUAAACUGUGGUAGCCUGAAUAACACACUGGCCCUGUGUCCUGGGGUAGUGAGUUCUUGACCAAGACAGGCUCAAGGGCCUAAGAGAUGGCAUGGCUAAGUUUCUAGUUUGCUGGUACUAGGUUACAUUGGUGGGGCCACGUUACUGUGUAUUUUGUUAUGAUAUAUGGCCAGGGUUGGUUAGUUUGUCUGGCAAGUCUUUACUCCAGAAUUACCCAAACAAUAGCAGACCACACACCCCCACACACAACAUUACUACAAACAUCACGAUAUAAUUUUAGCCUCAGGGAAUGUCAUACUCUACUUAUAAAUAAAUGAAAAUUAUUGAACUCGUAUGGGGAGGUGGGAGGGGCAGCGCAUGCCACACAAAAUUAUGCAUGUCCUUAUUUUCCAACACCCAACCCAUGAAUUACCACCAGGCACUUCAACAUCCACUAGAACACUCUACAGUAACAGAUAACCUUAUAAAGUGACGUGACAGCCUUAAAAUUAACACCACACAACCAAAACUUUAAAAGGAAAGAAAAAAACAA